CUUCGCCCAGUGCCAUAAUUCUCUUUCAAUCACGCUCUUCCUCUGCAACCUUCACCGGAAAAUAGAAAAGCAAAAAUGUCACAGGAGACGGUGAAAAGCAACAAUAUCCGGCGCAUUGUUCGGCUCCGUCAAAUGCUACAACACUGGCGCCAGACGGCACGAGUGGCAUCCUCCAGAGCACCGCCGUCCGACGUCCCUGCCGGUCACAUCGCCGUCUGUGUCGGCAGCGAAUACCGGCGAUUCAUCGUCCGCGCUACCUUCCUGAACCAUCCGAUCUUCCAGAAGCUUCUCACGGAAGCUGAAGAAGAAUACGGCUUCACUACGCAAGGAGCUCUGGCGCUUCCGUGCGACGAAUCGGUAUUCGAAGAGGUUCUCCGAGUCAUCGCUCGUUCCGAGUUGCGUAACUCAUCGCGAAAUCCGAAUCUCACAGAUUGGCAGAGGCGAUGCGAUGAAGAUAUCAGAAAGAACUCCGAGUUUUUAGGCGAAUCAAAACCUUUACUGUAUGGAUAUGCCGAUAGUAAAUCCGUUUGUUGAAGUGUUCGAGUGGCUGAGUUGCCGCCAAAUCGACUCGGAAUAUCCGAGUCUAGUUCCGGUAAGUCGAUAGACUUUUUUCUUUUUCCCUUCACUUUUGUGUGCUAACAAAUAUCGUACUGGAAAUUUCGGAUUAUACUGAAGAUACCAGUCCUCCUCCGGUCGAUUUUGGCCAGAUAGACGGCCGGACGGCCAUUAAAAGUUGAAUUAGCGAGUCAGUCGGUGUGCAAUCGGAGGCUUUUCUUAAUAGCCUGUAAAUGCCCUAAUAAUUCCUCCAUUAACCUUUCUCAUGUAGAAAAAAUUGGCAGAGUAUGUAUACAUAUAUCUGUGCACUAGUGCUUGAAUCUUCUUUUCUCUGUUCAGCAAUAUAAUAGUUUAAAUUUCAAGUGUGAGAAAAAUUCCUCUAGAUUUUAGGUCAAAAAAAAACCCCAAUCUGUUCUUCUAGCUUGGAUGUUAGGGAUAUUUGAAUGUACGAACAUUUUCUGCUCAUCAGGUUAUUUAUAAGUAUUUUUUUAGGGUGAAAACUA